AUGAAAACAGCUACAAGACAGACCCGCAGAAACCAGCCCGUGCUGAGUAGAGAGUCGCAAUCAACUCAAGGGGAGAGAAGUGAAGCAGGCGAGUAUGAGAUGACGGACCACAAUGAGAUGUCUCAGGUGUCUCCUGCCUUUUUAAACCCCACUGGCUGAUAGAAUGAGAGAGGGGGGACAAGUGGAGCAGAGGAGAGCUGUGGUGUCAGGUAUCGAGGGGUUUGGUUUUACAGGUAAAUAGGUUACCUGGACACACUGGUCCCUUUGGCCUACUAAAGGUUUCAGCAUCACAAUACAUACCUUGGAGCCUGAAACUUGACAACUUUUCCUGAAAUGGCCCAAAAUACAUGAAAUUAAUUUAAAAAUAUUCAUGUGUAUUUUUGUUUAUGUGCUACACAUUUUUCCCCUCUAAGGCUGCUACGGGUCAAAUUUGACCCAUGUCUAUUUAGAUGGAUUUUAGAUCUAGCAGUGUGGGACAAGUGACAAACAGUAACAACAGUGUUCAAUAUAAGGUUUGUUGUUCAAAAAGAUAUAUUCAAAUCAUUAUGAAACUAUCAUUACCUUGACAGAAACACACAGACACACACACACGCACGCACACAUACAGUCACAGAGACACACCUAGACAAAGGUCAAGAUGACCUAACCAGUCAAGAGAACUUUCUGUGACAGAAAGCUGCUCUUUGAGCUCUUUGAAGGGGCAGGAGGGUCCUAAAAUAUAGGAAUAGUAAACAAACAACACAUGAGUGAUCAUAUAUGGAGUACAAAGAGAUCAGAAGUCAUCUGGAGGUCAGAGUGUGCCUUGACACGGAUGUAACAUGUGCACCUGCUCCUGCAAUAUAAUGUACAAAGUAACUAAUUGGAAUCUGUUUGAUUGGGAGGAAGGUGGUGGGAGUCGUAACAUUAUGAGAGUAGAGAGAGCUGCCAUUCAGUGGCAAACACAUUUGCAAGCUCCACACAUGGAAAGUGUCCUACCUUUGCUUUGAAUGCAGAGACUAGCAGUGAGGACAGUGACAAACAGUGAGAACAAUGUUCAAUAUGAAGUUUGUUGUUCAAAAAAAUAUAUUCAAAUCAUUAUGACUUUUAUAUUUUUAUGUCUUACAUAAUAUUACAUGACAUUAUAUUCAUGACGUUAACGUUUAUACUGAUGACAUUUAUACUGAUUUUAUACUUUUUUCUCCUUUUUCUCUAUUCUAUUUUAAUUUUUGCUGAGCUGCUGCUUUUCAAUUGCCCCUAGGUGAUGAAUAAAGCUAUAUUGAAUUGAAUUGAAUUGAAUUGAAUUACCCUUUGCGAUAGAUGUUCUUCUCCAAAACAUAUAUCAGGGCUCUCAAGUUUUGAACUAAACUUAGAGUGAGAUUUCCUUGGGGGCGGGGAUUGAAGAUAAUUAUUAGUAGAUAAGUAGAUUGAAGAUAAUUAUUAGUACAAUUAUCUCUUAAAUACAACGGAGUAUAAGGGGCACAAUUAGAAAAAAAAAACGUUUUUAAAUCUUAAAGAAUAAAGUUAUUAUUUGGGAGAAUAAAGUCAUUAAUAUCAGUAUUAAGUCGUAAAGUUACCUGUUGUGAAGGAGAGUUGUUAAAAUCAGCACUGUGGAGCAUUUAGAUGAAUUGUACUUUAGUAUAGGUUUCACAGACAUGGAGAUACUUAAUCCUUUGGUACAUGAGCAUUACACUGUCAUGAGUAUCAGAACUUAUAUUUGAGAUAUAUGAGAAAUGCUGCUUUUGUGGAGGGGAAAAUGGCUGGAAAUGGCUGUACAGAGGCUAAAUUCAUCAAUACAGCUGUUAAUAGCAAUAGCAUAGGGCUUUAGUUUAUCAUAUGAGUUUAUAUGCCAUGAGGUGUUGAGGUCUCUGCAUGUGUAGGUUACUGACUUGCUGUAAUCAUCGGGUCUAUCUCGUCCUUAUAAAAACCUGCUCUAUUACGGCGAGUGUCUGUCUUCUUCUGUAGUCAAACCGUAAGAUAUCAAAAAUCUACCCGGAUACAGCAAUGCUGCUUUUUGAUUGGCUGUUCAGUAGAUAUACUUUAUUUGAUUGGCUUGCGCGUGGCACGCAGCUUUCUGAACUCUCGGAGGAACUCAGUUGAUUCCCACCUGUUCCAUAGUUAAAGAGGUGCAACUUGGUGGACAUCACCAUGUACAUUUAAAUGCGUGAGAAAUACUAUGUGUGAGCGUGUGAACGGGUGGGAAUGCGUGUGUCACACGCUGAAUGCGUGAGACUUGAGAGCCCUGAUAUAUAUUUCACCAAAAAACGAGUGGUGUUAAAACUGAAAAAAUACACUUUCCCUGCUCUUUAAAACAUUUAGGAAGGACUAAUCAAUAAUUUUUUGAAGUAGCAAAGGUCAUUUAAAUAUUAUGAAUAGGUUUGGUGAAAAUACUUGCUACAGGAGGGUACAGGAUUUGAACAGUAUGUGAGGGUUAAAUGAAAGUUAAGUAAUAGUCCGCCAUCCUCCUGGUUGUGUGGCGGCAGCCUACUGCCUCCCAGAGCCCUCCUUUUGACGUUCUUCAAUGUAAAAGUGACUUGGCCAAAGACGUAUACCAAUAUGGAAAUGUGCCUCCCUCUUGUGGCGUCAUUUGGUACUGCAGCGUUGUAACGUUGAACCACGGCGAAAGUUUAGAUCAGACACCCUGUGUUUGAUUUGAUGGUUAAUUUCACAAGUGAUGUUCAGCCCAUUUUAGUUUAUAUGACGUCAUCAUUGUUCUUCACAGGUUUCCGUUGUGUAGUGGUUAUAACGUUCGCCUCAGAGCAGUGGAUUAAACAUUAAACAUUGUUUAAUCCACUGCUCUGGUUCGCCUCACAGGCCACGGCGAGGCGCGUACAAUUUUGACGCUACACACACUCUUGUACAGUAGGUGGCGGUAUGCACCUGAACGUUACUUGCGACCCGCCAUUAAACGAAAGCUGAAGAAGAAGAGGAAGAAUUGUCCCCCCACAGCCGCCGUUGCAGUACUCGGAGACGAAGGUGUCGGCGGUGGUCAUCCAUAUUGUCUCUGAUACAGCAGAAAUCCCAUCCUGGCACAGACACACCGGUGAAAGAGGGAGGCGAGGACCGUGGCUUGACGAAACUCUGCUCAUCGGGAAGCAUUUUUGUCGUCGUGUUGCUCGAGGGGGUAAGUAUCUGUUUCAGCGUAGCUCCGCUGCUGAUAGUAAUGACUUAUAUUCUCUGUAGAAGAUAAUAUAUCACCGGUGAAACUAGCAGGCGUUGACGUUGGCCACGCUAAUGUUAGCAGUCUAGCAAUGUAGGCCCACAGAAGCUACAGCACCUUUUCCCCUGAACGUUUCCUAAACGAUUCACCCAGAUAAUCAAGCAACACUCCGCUGCUACAGGGAUCUGUGGAGACAUGAGGGAAACGUGUGUGUUCACCCCCGUGCAGACAGUAAGAUUUAGUGUCAAUGUCCACAUCACGCUAACAUCACGGAUGUCACAAUAUUAGAUAAUAGUUUGACUCAAACGGUCCUAGAGAAAACCUUCUUAGAAAGAAGAAUACAACGGCAAUAAUAAAGCAGAAUAGUUAGUAAUUAAGGUGCUAAGUUAGCUUAGGUGCAGAAAGGACCAGAGUAGGUUUUAGUUUGUGUAUGGGUUAUUAUGGGUAAUCAUAAAUUCAGGUUUUAACAGAAAGUACAGCUAUUUACUUUUGUAUGCACACUAAUAUUUCUGAGUUAGGUUAAUUGGCUGAGGCCAGUACGUGCAGGUUUUCUAGUUUUCAGCUGAUCCUGCAGUCCAGGUUCAGACCUGACGUCUAGAAGCUGCUUAAUUGGUGUUAAAUCUGGUCAAAUCAUGAACAUGCUGGGCUGGGCUGUAAUUCUUUACAAUGUAGGACUCUUUGACCAGGUUUGAUCCUUGACAGAUAAUACAAGUAUUCAGUAUUCAAAUAUGGACCAUAAAUCUUUGCAUGGAUUUCGUAAAUCAUUUUGUUAUAAAGCACACUCAUUAUUGAUUCCCUGUUAAAUUUUAAUGAAACUUAAAAAGGCAGUCUGUCUAAAUUGUUAGUUUAUGAAUUGAUUACUUGUAGACAGAAAUGUACAAACUGAAAUGGUAUUAAACUAAAGUUUCUGGUGCACACCCAUGUUCAGGUGUCUCACUGUGAAAGCUGGAUGGUUGAAGCAGUAUAUUAUUUUAUUUUUUUAAUAACAAAGGAAGUAGAGGUGUUGCAAUAUCAAUCUCAGGAUGAGAUCAUACUGUUAUAUCAAGCCCAUGGUAUGGCAUUAGUAACAAUAUUCAAAAGAAAAAAGCAGCUGUAAACUUGAAAAAACGCAUGGUUGUGACUAGGGCUGGGCAAUAUGGGGAAAAGUUUAUCACAAUAUAAUUUUUUCAUAUCAAGGUGGGGGGAGGCAUGAUCUGAGGAAGUGCCAGGUUUUGGGAGAAAUCUUGAAUGUCAACACUACCCCUUCCAACCAGUUUUCCCCUCAGCUCCUCCUCUUCCUCCCUCUCUGCUCCAGCAAGCUCCGCCCACAAACAGAUGCUCCUGCUCGAUCGUAUCAUUUCAAUUUAAUUCAGACAUAAUACAAAUAAAUACUUGAGGUAACUACAAAUGGGGCCCAGUCAACGUGAAAGUAAAAAGCAUUGGUGCUACUGUAGAUGCCAACAGACUAACAGCAAACACAAUGUUUGCAGGACUUCUACAACUAGGAUAAAAUGACAUACUCCAGGACCCGAGCUAAACAGUUUAGCGGCUCUACAACACACAGCAGGUCCCAUUUAACAAGAAACACUUCUAUUACAGACACUUGGCUUGUUUUGUUAAAGCAGUUUACCUGUCCAUCAGAAAGGUUAGAGGGUCUGUAAGUUCCCUAAGCUUUCCCCAUCGUUUAUAAUGAUGUUGACCAGGCUUCUUAGCACUUGUCCGGUCUACCUUCUUUUUAAGCACCCGUUUUUCCGCCAGAGUCUCCGGUAUUUAAUUUGCUUUCUUGCUUGUGUUUAAGGCUGCACGAUAUUGGAAAAAAAUAAUAUUGCGAUUUUUUUCAACCCUGCGAUAUAUAUUGCGAUAUUAAAAAUACAGGAAUUUUCACCAGAUGACCUGAAUAGCACUUAAUGUUAUGCUGCACUGCUGAAAUCUUGAGGACAGUUAAUCUGCUCUGAUCUUACCUCUUUUUGUGAAUGUUAGUAGAACGGCUUCUGUCUGUCUCAGAGAUAUUUUUUAGCUUUUAUUGUGCUGGGUCGUUAUUGUGGCAACAGAUGAACACAGAAGACGUGUUUUGGUCGACAUCAUCCUUCUUUUAACCGAAAUAAUUCCAGAUAACUGACUUUCCUUUUUGGCAACAAAUCUUCAUUUUCGGUGGUUUUCACUUGUUCGUUGUUCAUUUUGCGAUCGUUGUUGUUGUUGUUAGCGGUGUUGUGCCGAGAAACACAUGUCCUCCGAGAAUUGCAUGCACCUCGCAAAAUGCGCACUGUUUAUAGUAGAGUGGUCCACGGAAAUGUACAAUUUAAAACCCAUACAGUUCUUAUUUGUUGGGCUUAAUAGUCAUGAGUAAAGUUCCGAAAGUAAUUCUCAGCGGACACACGUCUCCCUCCAUGUGCAGAACAUGUGCAGGGGUGGGUUUCCUUCUCCCUGAUUUUGAUUGACAGCUGGCAGGGUAGUCUGAUUGGCAACUGAGAAGUGAGUCUGAUUGGCAACUGAGUUAAGGACGAAGGUGAUUGGUGGAUGCUGCACAGCACAUGCAGAGUCACAUGGAGUGUAUCUCAGUCGGUUACCCUUGAAAUUAAAUGAGUUCAUUCACCUCCAAUAUCGCAGGCUCUGCGAUGUGACUAUCGCACACACGUACAUCGCGAUGACUAUAGUCAAACGAUAUAUCGUGCAGGCCUACUUGUGUUUUCCAUACUUUCUGGUUGGUUUCUACAUCCAUACUGUAGCACGCUAAUGUGGUUUCAGCUCAUGAAAGACACAGGGGAGCAGUGUCUGCCUCACAACCAAUCAGGUUGGGGGAGGCAGAGAAUUACUUUGUUUACAGUCAGGAAGAGUGGGCAGCUCAAAAAAUUUAAAAUGUUGACUACACAGAUAUAACAAAACACAGCGAUAUCGUGUUAUUCCCAAAAGUCAUCAGCAACUAAUAGCUAUUGACUGAUAUUAAAAGCGUUUUUGUGUAAACCACAAAAAAAGAUGUUUCUUUAACGGAAUCCUGCCUACCCCACCUUUUAGUCUUAAAUGGAGUGUAACAGUGCUUAUUGGUAGCAUGUCAUUUGCAGUACAGUAAGCUACUGCAUCUGUGAUGUUUUUGGGUCUCUUUGACAUUUUGUCGUAAGGCGUUGCGCUAGAGAAUGGUAAGCUGUUUUGGUUGCACAGGUGCCAUGGGCUCCUUGCUCUGCUCUAGGUUUGUAACCUCCAUUGCGCAUGCCCUGCUGCAUGGCACUGCUUCAGGUGGUGAAAAAGAUUUGAGGUACUCCCCGCCUCUGUGGAAACAUGUACUUGUAGCAGAGACAACCACUUUCUUACCUUUAAGCACUUCCAAAGCAAUGCUUGACCUAGUCAUUAGAGACACGAUAAGGGUGAAUCUCAGCACCAAGUCGUGGCCUUUUUACAAGCGCCUGUCUCCGGGGAAAAUUACCAAGAGGUGCUCUUCCAAAAGACAGACAGUCAAUCUUUAACAUUUAUAAGAGACAAAGUAGCUAAUUACCAGCAAGAACCCCAGACUGAAUACACAUUCUCCCUCUCUCCUUGACUGGAGAGAAUCAAAAUUGUCACCUCAGCUUUAAGGGUAAACAAAAGAGCAUGUGAACUCAACUCAAGAGUGCACCAGGAGCACUCAUCCUUGAAACAGACCCCAGCCAUAAAUUCUCAGAGUGGCUGAUUUUCCCCGUGAUUCUCUUCAGGUGCAGAGUAAAGAGAAUAACUGCAACUGAUUCUUUUUCAGGUUUAAUGGGUACUUCACAAGGAUUAUUUUUUCUGUACACAACAUGAGCAGUGAGACAGUCUUUGUCCCAUUUGUCUAGCAUGUUUAUAAGCCAAACUAUUUUCUAUAGACCAAGAGCUCCCCCUAGUCGUGUUUUCUGGAUAUGGUUCUGGUCAGAAUCCAAAUGGGUCAAUGACAUACAAGGUUUUUCAACAUGCCAGUUUUAAAAUACCAAAAAAAAAAAAUUCAUUUUGCAACAGUUCAAACACUAAGGAUGUUGUGUAUACAAAAAUUAACGUAAAUUUUUUAAAUGAAGCAAUGUUAGUGUUUUUUUUUCAUAUAGAUGAAUUGCCUGUGGCCUUACAAAAUGUUGUGGUGCAACCAUGAUUUAUCUCAAAAUUAUUACAUUUUCUUACCAUACUUAAUAGUUUUUUUUACAAAUUGUCAGUAAUAUCAAGUUCAUAGAAACAAAGUGUUUGCACUUCAUUUGAGUUUUUGUAAAUGGGGAUCUCAUAUUUUAGCUCUAUAAUGUCACAGUCGCUGUAUUAAAUUUAGUUAACUGACUAGAUUUUUCUUUAAAUUGCAUAACGCUGAUAAAAAUGUUUUAAAACUACCUUUCACUUAAGCAUAUUGUAUCAGGUUUCAGUUUCAGAAAUUAGAAAUUUUAGUUUGUAUUUAAUACAACUAAUGUUAUCAUUGGUUGCACCACAUGAUGGGUGGUCGCGCCAAAUGACCUGAAGACCUUGUAUCAUCAAAAAUCAGUUUAGAGAGACCAAGAAACAAUUAAUUCCGUGCAAGUUUUACAUUAAAUCAAAUUUUUAUUAACAUUUCAUACAUGAACACAAACAUUUCAUUUUUUUGACAAAAAAUGAACUGUGUGUUGUGUGCAUGGCCCAGGUCUUUUUGAACUUUGCCCAAUCUUGGCCGAAUCUAUGCCAACUCCUCGCAUAAACAACAUGAACACAAAAAUUUCAUUUCAGAAACAUGUUUUGACAAAUAUCUAACCGUGUGUGUGUGCGUGCACAUGUGGAUAUGUGGUGCUGACCCCAGGCCUUUUUGAACUUCGUUAUGUUGAAUUUGGCCCAAUCUUUGCCCAAUCCUAGCAUGAACAACAUGAGCAGAAACAUUGUAUUUCAUAAACAUCUUUUGAUUUUUUGAUAGAAUUCUAACCCCGUGUGUCUGAGUGUUUGUUUGUAUAUGUGUGUAUAAGUCAAUGUGCCACUAACCCCAGGCCUUCAUGAACUUUGCCCAAUCUUGGCUGGUCAACUUAGGCCCCAACUACACGAAUGCGGAUAUAUUUAAAACUGCACAUAUUUAUGUCCGAUUAGGCCUCCCUACCACACUAAAAGGGAGUUUGGAACACUCAAACUGGAUAAAUCUGAAUCAGAAAAAACAAGUGGAGACAUAAAAAAAUAUCUGUGUAAGCGGAUUCGUGUGGUUGAACUUUUACGGAUAGAUGACGUCAAACUGCAGCUCGCGCAUGCGAAUUAAAAAGAAAAACAACAAAAACGAUGGUGGACAUACAGGGUAUUCUUUAGGUUUGUUUUACCCUUUUGGGGCUAAUUUCAGCCUUGCAAGUGAACCUUGUUUUAUACAAUUACAUCCACCAGUCAGCCAGCUCACAGAGGCGUCUGCUUUGUUACAGCCACCACACUGUCACAUGGACCCGACGCACUAGCGUAGCUUCCGCAAACAAUGCAUGACACAUCACGCUGUUACGUUUCAUCGGCCAAUCAGGUAGCUUUGUUCCUGAAAGAGGCACCAGAUAGGAUUGAGUUUGAAGGCUACGUGUGGACGCAGAUAUUUUCGAGAACUAACGUGUGGACAGAUACAUUUAUUUAGACGGGAGUACAAAAAUAUCCUGAUAAAUAAAUAUCUAUAUACGUGUAGUCUGGGCCUUUGAGUAGCGUGAGGUUACUGGCUCAGGUUCUGCAAGGACAUAGAGAAUAUCUUUCUUGUAGUAAUGUAUAAUAUCUGGCACUUGUGGCCACACAAACAAGUUAUUAUUUCCUGACUGUCGCAUGGAGGUAACAUGUACUUCCUCUCCCACAACCUGAAGGACCUGACCUACAUACGGAAGUUCAUAAUAGGUGACUAUGACAAACUUUCCACUCCAGUCUUGAAGAGGUUGUUUCUUUGGGGGCUCAUGAGCGUUUAAGGGAUUGUCAGUGGUGUUCCUCAAAUCUACUUUCACUGGCUGGUAUGAUAGGCACGUCUUCAUUUCUGCAUGCUGGCAGAAGUAUGAAACUUCCCUGUGACAGAUUUGUGCAGCUUGUGAAGACAAUACCUGGUGUAUUUUUAAGGUUCCCUUCACAGCCGUCAAUUUCCCUGGAAUCAGCUCAUCAUAUUUCUGGAUGCUCUCUUGGUUUACCCAGUAAUGAGUAAUAGUUAACCCGGAUUUUUUCAUCAGCAUCUCAUACAAAUCCAGUGGAGUCCACAGCUCACCUCUCCGAAGAACAUAGAGAUCUGCAUGUCUCUUCACAGCACCAUCAAUACCAUCCAGGGCACCCUUUCCAUGGGACUUUUCUGAAUAGUUCCAUGAAAUGUGCUUGGACCCAGGGGGGAAAGGCACAGUACUGAGGAGGUAAAAGUUGGCUUUGGUCCUGUACUGUGUGACAGGUCUGUCACUGAUGACAUGUAGGGCCAUAAUCUGUGGGUAGGUUACCCGAAUCUCUUUCAGAAUGGGCUGCAGGUUUGCCCAUACUGCCCGCUCAUCAAGGUGGAGGCUGCCUGACAGCGUUGUGUAUGAUUUAGUGCCAUGCACUGUGUAAAGAUCAGCAGUGUGUAUUGUUGCCUGUGCUCUGCUGCCUCCAAAAUGAUAGGUUUGUAUUUCUGUGCUCAUCUUGCAGGCGUAGUUUUCGGAAAAAUCGAUGUGAAGCGCAGCCUCAGCCUCAGCUUCAGCUUCAGCUUUUGUAUUAGUCUACGGAACUGUUUCGUUUGAUGGAUCCAGUUAAACUGGUGUAUGGCUAGGCAUUCUGGCUUUUUGUGGAACAGAACUUUUAAGUCUUUGAUGGUCCCAGUAUGUGUUUGUUUUAAAACAUUUGCAAAGACUUCCUCUACAUUUAUUGAAGUUACUUGCUCCCUUUGUUCCCAUGAAACCUCAGCAGAGGGUGUUUCAGGUAAUUUGAUUUUAUCAAAGCAGCACUUUGGGCAUACAUGAUCCUUACACGCUUUGUUUUAGGGUCACAAACAAUCGUAUUCCAUAAUUCUGAGAUGCUGGUUGUUUUCAACAGCCGUCUCUUGGCAAGUUUGUUGACCAAUAGCAAGAUGUUCUCAUUUUCCACACAUGCACAUGUAUCUCUGUCUGGCCUCUGGCUCUGUGAUGUAGAAAGGCCAUCCUCUGACACUUGUUGCAUACAUCAAGUGAUGCCGUACAUACAGCCGCUCUCUAAACAACUGGGGCUUUUGGCCUGGAGCCGAUGUUGUCAGACGGUGCCCAACCUUCUCUGGGUGUUUCGACCCUUAACCACUACACCCUCCAGUUGGCGGGUCAGCAGUGGUGGCCAGGUCACUGCCCAUCAGCUCCAAGCCUCCAGCCCUCCUCCUCCCUUUUGAACCACAACCAACAAGAGGCUCGUUCUGCUGCCUCCCCAAUCCUGCGCACAGCUGCCUUGCGCUCUCUGCCUGCCACGCCGAGUGUAGUGAGCACCGACCAUACAGACUGCGCUGGGAACCCUCUACACCCCACCUCCAUUGGAAAUAGCCAUGCUUGCCAGCCUUUCUCCCUACACUCCAUGAUGAGGUCUUGGUAUUUCAGGCUCUUCCUCUCAUGGGCCUUAUCACAGCCUUCCUCCCAUGGCACUGUUAACUCCACCAGGAUGAUCUUCUUAGCCUGCUCUGACCAGAUGACUAUGUCAGGCCUCAAGGUGGUCUGGAUAACAGGGGGGAAAGUGAGCUUCCUACCCAGGUCAGCUGACAUCUCCCAUCCUUGUGCCCCCUGGAGGAUGUUGGUCCUAGCUCUCUUCACAGAGGACGUCUGCUCUCCUGCCCUGAUGAACUGUACUGUUGGUACUUGUGGCUUGGGUGCUUGCGGUCUUCUCCUGGCCUGCUCCAGGAUGUCUGCAAUCAUGUGGAGCACCUGGUCAUGCCUCCACCUGUAUCUCCCCUGGGCCAGAGCUGUUUGACACCCUGCUAGUAUGUGGGACAGGGUCCCCUUCUUCCCACACAGCCUGCAGAGUGGGUCCUCCCUCAGGCCCCACGUUGCCAAGUUCACUAGGGAUGGCAGUGUGUCAUACACAGACCUCAAGAGAAAGCUUACACGGAAUGGCUCCAGCCUCCAGAGUUCAGACCAUGUGACCCUCCUGUUUGGGAGGUCCCAUCUGGUCCAUGUCCCCUGGGUGGCUAGUCCGACAGCCUUCGCCUUCCCUGUUUCCUCCUCUUGGUAACGCACUUCAGCUUGCACCAUUUCCCUCCUCUGCUGCACACUUGCCUUCUUCCACUGUGUGAAGUGUGAUGUUCCUAGGCCCUGCCGACCAGUGCAGACGUUGCUAACGAUGUCCCUCAACUCCAAAGAGCUUUCAGCUUGCCUGACUGCAGUGUCCGCUACCCACUUGCGGCCAGUAAGACAUGGAGAGAUUCUGUUCCACCUCUGUUUGAUACUGAGCAUGGAGCUCUAUCAAGGGCUUUGUUAGAACUCUUCUGUGCAUUUUCUGUUUAUUUUUGGUAAUGGUGUCUUUUUUUCCUUGCUUAAAGACAGCUGUUUUCAUCUAUGGACAUACAAUUGAAAAUUGCUUGCUUUCUUUUGCUGACAGUUUCUUGUGCCCCUUUUGGCUUGAAUUUUUUUAGUGAUGCACGAUAUGAAAAAUUUCAACCGAUAUCGAUAACCGAUAAUUUUCUUCUUCUCAUGGCCGAUACCGAUAACCGAUAAAUUCAUAUUUUUACAUUUAUUAUAAUCUUCAUAUAAUCUGCAGUUUGUGCAGGAUGCAGCGAUUGAAAGCUGAUAUAUUUGUUGCUCUGGCCCAUCUAGAACAACAAACUUAAGUUUUCGGCUCUUCAAAUGUUUAUUUUUUCCAUGUCAUCACAAAAAUAUGUGGUCAUUAGCUAUAAAUAACAAUAACAGAGCAAAAAGCAGAACUUCAUUUGACCAAAACAGUGCAUCCCCUGAACUGUUCAACAGAACUGUAAACUGUAAAGGAGCUAUUAUGAGACGUUAGGAUUAGCAUGCUGACCGGACUAACAUCUGACGUCCAUAUGUCUGUGGUAAAACUCACGUGUAGUCCGUUCUUGUCGAUCAGGUUGUGAAUGUAUGUGGCGACAAUAUCAUAGAGUGCAGGAAGAGACACAUCCGAGAAGAAGCGGCGGCUUGGGAGAGUGUAACGUGGCUCCAAGUGUGCUAUUAACUUACGAAAACCCGGGUUCUCGACGAUGGAAAAAGGCUGGUCGUCAACCGCUAUGAAUUCCAUCACUUUGUCGUUAAUGGCUUUAGCCUUUUCGCUGUCUCUUGAGAAGCUUUAGCAGUUUUCAAACGCCUGUUGAAUGGGGACAUCGAUCCUCCAUAGUGUUGUUGUCUUAGCUUUAGUACCGCUAGCAGCUUCGGCGGCUGUCUCAUAGUCCUUUAAUACUGCUCCGCCGCGAUGGCGACUUUUUAGAUGAGCUAUCAGAUUCGUUGUGUUAAAACUUGACGUCUUCAUUCCGCCUCUCGGAAUCCUUGCUGAACAGGUUUUGCAUAUAGCAGCUGUUGUCAUCUUCUGCCACUGAGAAAAACGACCAUGCUGGUGAAGACAUUUUAUUAUCAGUCAGGUAGUGACAGGGGUCAGGCUUGGGACCUGCGAGUAAGGCGCGACGGGCGGCUACUCCGCCUGCAAACGUUACUCGUAAUUUCAUUAAUAUAUCGGAUCUUUCUAUCGGAAAAAUGCACCUAUCGGACCGAUAAAAAAUGACGUAAUUUUCCCCCAAAUCGGCCGAUAUUCUAUCGGUCCGAUAAAUAUCGUGCAUCCCUAAUUUUUUUGCUUAGGCCUACUGUUUGUUUCGCCAUUACCCUCUCCUCACUCUUUCUGGAUUUAUCCCUUGGUUUUUUAAUCUCUGCUAGCUGUUUCCUGAGACGUAAGACCUGCUUUCUCAGUUGACACUUCUCUUCCUGCAAUGUUUUGCAACGUUUUUCUGUUAAUGUAUUCUUUCUUUUCUUCCUCUCUGGUGUGGAGCACACCGGUGGAUGAAAAUCCUCAUUCAAAGGCAUGGGAUAUUCCACAGCUUGACCUGCAUUUUCUGGCUGCUCUUGUGGCUGUUCUUGUGCAACAUCUACACCAACAAAAUUGGUGGAAUAUUCUCCAUGGAUGGUGAUGUAAGGUUUAACACAGCAUUUGCCAUCUUUUUUCUUUCUCUGUAAGCACUGGAUGCUGCCCUCCAUUUCUCUCUCUGCUUCAUUUUCAUUCUUUCUGGCAGGUCACUUGUCUUUACAUAGGGAAUCUUCUGCAGUUUCCUUCUCUGGUAGCUGAAACAAGUCCUGUCCUUUUUAAAUUAAAUAUACAUCUGUUUAAGUAUUUUUCAUUGAGAGAGUGCUUAUUCCUGUUCCUGGGGUCGCGGGGGGACUGAAGCCUAUCCCAGCAUCUUUGGGCGAAGGCAGGGGACACCCAGGACAAGUCGCCAGUUCAUCGCAGGGCUGACAUAUAGAGACGAACAGCCAUCCACACUCACAUUCACACUAGACACGGGAGCGGAUUUUCAUUUCUGUCCCUUCCCACUCCCAGAGAAAAAAUCCCGUCCCGUCAAAUCCCAAUCCCAGACCGGAGUGAAAAAAUUAAUCUCGCCCUGUCCCACUCCAGUAGAAUGACUCCCACUCCCAUCCCGCUCCCACUCAAAAUUACUCCCACUCCUGUCCCGCUCCUGUUUGAAUAAAACCAAACAUGUUGAAAAAACGUUGCAUUUUUUAUUUUAGGUAAAAGUGCAGUGCAUAAAAAAGGCAUUGCUUUUAGGUUUCACAUGCCCGACAUUCAGUUGGUGUAAACAAAGUGCAUAUAUAUACAAUGGCGUUUAUAGACUAAAUUACUCCCUGGGCGAGGGGACUAAAACUAAAACCUGACCUUUCUUGCCUUCCUUGAUGCAAAAUCAUCAAUAAUCUCGUUAUAAGAAAUCUGAAGAAGAAGAAGGAGAGGAAGAAGUUGAAGAAGAAGACAAAGACCAUACGCGGCUACGCUAAACGAGCUAAUGAUGGAAGAAGCACCCGGGAGCGACGCUCUCUUUCCGCCGAAAAAACAAAAAAAGUCAGCAGUUUGACAUGCUCUCCCGUAUGAGGCUCUCUGAACAUCUGUGCGUGCAACACACAACUCUUUUAUCAGAGGCUGCCCUGAAUGCAUCACUCCGAGACAGUGCAAGAAUAUUAACAUAAAUAUUAUAUCUCUCGUUAAAUAUAGUUUACAGCUUAAACUGACCUGAAUCAUCCCAAAUUGUACAUUGAAGUAUCAAUCCAGUGUCUGUGAGGCUCAGCAGAAACACAGAACAAUCUUCAGUUGUCUGGAAACUUGGGAACUUUGGACAAAUAUAGUGAUCCAAUUCAUGAAUGAACGUGGACCAUAAAACUACAGGAGACUUCAAGGAGAAAUGACAAUACAGGAGGUGGGCAAGCAAAAAAGCCUCCCGCAUGCACGACCACUCCCACUAAAUCUGCGGAUAUUAAAGUAAAAGGGUAAAAAACUUUGUACCUGCGGCGUCCUCAUACUGGAGCCAGGAUUUUCUUUGAAUCUUCCAUUUCUCGUUGAAGUUCCUCGCUUUUUUCAUCGACAUUUCCCCUUCUCUUCCAUCUUUUUCAUCCACCCCUUUAUUUUUUUUUUUGACAGAUCACUGAUUCCCAGUAUGUGUUGCCACAUAUCGAACCAAACAGCACAUGACGUUGGUAACCUAAGCAGAUUUGUAGUGUCACACAUAAAUAGCUCAACUUAGAAAAUAGUUCCGCUCAGAGCCCCACUUCAGUGUGACACACAACAAAUCAGUAGCUGCUAACGUUAGCUACCAUUGUUAUUUAUAAUUCUAUAGCUAUGCUUUGUGACACAUCGUGCAUAUUUUGUUGCAUGUGUAUCUGGACAUACAUCUACCCGCCCCAUGGCAGGUAGCCUUCCAAAAUUAAGUUACCAGUGGAGUAUUUUAGUUGCAUUUGGCAGGUGGUGACCGGCCAGCCAACAGCCCUAGCCGGACAGAAUAUUUAGGCGUCAUGUCAUUGACCCAAAUACGUAUUCCUUGAAUUUUAUUUGUUGCAUGUUAUAUACCUUGAAGCUUAGUGAAUGGUACUCCCAAAGUAGUUUAGCAAUAUUAGAAGUUGUAAUUAAAACUCUUUAUGCAUGAGUUAAGAGUAUUUUGAUCAUUUUAUAUGCCAUGUUUUGUGUACCUCAUCAGAAUAUAUAGCAAAAUAAUUACUAGUAUAGGUUGACAAGGUUAUAUCCAAAUUUAGUGUUAUCAUUUAUGUGUUUCUUAGGCCUGAUAGUGUUUUAGUUGUAAAAGAUCAUUUAAUUUUCAUCUCUUUAUCUGUCAAAGAGCUUGUUAAUCCUCAGGUUAUAGAAUGCUAGGAAAAUUACGGUUUUUGCUCUGCAUUUAAUGUAAUGGUUUUCAUGCAUCUGCUCAUAAGAAACGAUUAAUGAAAUUAUAUCAUAUGUAACUUUAUCAUAGUGAGUGAGUAAAAGGGAUCUAAUUCACUUGUUGAUCCAGCAAGUUAAAAUUUAAUUCGCCUACCAGCCUGGUCAGGCCACGCUGUGAAUGAUUGGCGCCCCCAACCCCCCCCCCCCCCCUUUGGUUCAUGCCCCCCACAAAUGGGUUAAAAGCGCUGAGCUUGCGCUGUUCACUCUCUUAUCAUCCUCUUAUUCUCUUGUGUUUUUUUCUUUGGUUCCCCCCUUAAGUUUUCAGCCUGUUACCAGAAACUUGGAUGUAUGCUUGUGUGUGACAUCAGAUUCCCCGUUCUGCUGAUGGCUGCGAGCCAAACCCGCCAAAACCACCUGUAGCAUAGACCUUCGGCUGACCCACUCCAAGAGUGCCCGCUGAGAGCCAUCAUCAAAUAAGUACACAAACCUCUCAACUCUCUGAAGAACAGGGUUGAUGCUGUCUGAUGCGUUCAUAGCUUACAUUUGCAAUUAUAAUUUGGCUCUUUCUCUGAAUUUCCACCUAAUUCCCUUCCAAAAUUUAUUCUCUUGACCUCGUUAACGUAGGUUAAAUUUGUCCUUAUUCACUCACUAUCAUUAACCUCCAGUCUUAGCUCAGUUUAAACCAUUCCUCCAUUCAUCUAUUAAGUGUGCCUUUAUUCUUAUUUGAUCAUCAUUUAUUGAAAUUAUGUUAUCACCUAACAUUCGUCAAUAAAGUAUCCAUUUAAUUUAAGUUGUCAUCUCUUAGUGUUCCUUCCAGAAGUGAAGUACCUAAAAUGAGAAUUCCGGCCUCAGAUGUGAGAUUGAUUUAAAUCUGUUUAAGAUUGACUCAGCGUUUGAUUACUUAAUUAAACCUUGUUUUCUUUCUUUUUCCCACCAGAAAAUUUGAGUGGUGCCCGUUUCAAUGAGUGCAUGAAUGUCAUAAUUUUUAUAUUAUUUUAGGACAUUUAUAAUAAUUUCCAAUUGCUACAUACUCUACAUAAUUUGCAGUGCACAUUACUCUGCUUCAUGUCUGACCUUAAGAAAACGAAAUACCUCCACACCUGAUUUUCUGACGUUUUCGUGCCAGUGUUGUCAACAAUGUUGUCAUCUGUUGAUCCUUCUUCUACAUUUUUGCCGAGGAUAGCACUUAUUUUCUUUUUUUUCCCACCGAAAGUGCUGUCGGCUUCGCAUUUUAAAGUGGUAUGGUUGUGUGUAGCUGCAGCCUGCUACUAAUGCAGUGUUUUGCUACCUGGUUCUAAUUCAGUACAUGACUGAUUCAGCGUGAAGUAGACCCGAAGCAACUCCCCUUUGCAUUGGCUAUUUGUAUAGUAUACCAAAACAUGGCAGAAUGCAGACUACCGAAAAGCACAUUGACCAUGUAUACAUCGAUAUUGAGGUUAAUUUUUGUAUAUAUAUCUUUAUCGUUUCAUCGCCCAGUCCUAGUCAUGAUUUAUACCCAUACUUGGGCACUGGCAUGUUGACUAACCUUCAGAAUUUUCCUUUUUUUGUUUAGUUUAUUCACAUCAUCAUUACAAUAUAUAUAACAAAUAUACAUAUACAAAUUUAUACAUACAUAUAGGGGUGGGAUGAUUAGUUGACGUAGUCGGCGUAAUUGACUACAAAAAUUCGUUGACACAAAAAACAUGCGUCGAUGCGUUGCAUGAUGACAGACAAUGGCUACUUUAGGUAACUGUGGAGGCAUGGACGGCAAACGAGCUACCCAAUGGGGUCUAUUUAAAACCUACUUACGCAUGAUGAGUAUAUGAGCAGCUCUACUCAAUCAAUGCAUAUGUUCUUCCUGGCUUCCCCAUUCACAUUUGGAGCGACUUUUAUUUAACCGUGGCGGUGCGCCAUGAUUGAUUGUAUAUAGGGGAAACCCUGUUGUCUAUUGCCAUGUCUUACUCAGCAUUGUAAACAAACACUGUUGCCAGCAUUAUUUCGACUGUGGCCACAAUGCAUUACGACAUAACGUGCCUUUUUGGUUGGUUGUGUAGCACUGACUUCUCACUAUUAAAUGAAAGAUGGUAUGAAUGUUAUUUAUUGUUACUUGACAGUCAUUGUAACUAUGAGUAAGGUGAGCAUGCACCUGUAAAGUGAGGCUGCUAAGCAACAAUAACCUAUCAGGUUGGUGCUAAGGCUGCACGAUAUUGGAAAAAAAUAAUACUGCGAUUUUUUUCAACCCUGCGAUAUAUAUUGCGAUAUUAAAAAAUACAGGAAUUUUCACCAGAUGACCUGAAUAGCAGUUAAUGUUAUGCUGCACUGCUUAAGUCUUGAGGACAGUUAACCUGCUCUGAUCUUACCUCUUUUUGUGAAUAUUAGUAGAAUGGCUUCUGUCUGUCUCAGAGAUAUUUUUAGCUUUUAUUGUUCUGGGACGUUAUUGUGGCGACAGGUGAACACAGAACACGUGUUUUGGUCGACAUUAUCCUUCUUGGAACUGAAAUAUUUCCAGAUAACUGGCUUUCAUUUCUUUUUGGCAACAAAUCUUCAUCUUCGGUGGUUUUCUCUGUUUGUUGCUCAGUUUGCGAUCGUUGUUGUUGUUGUUAGCGGUGUUGUGCUGAGAAACGCACGUCCUCCGAGAAUUGCACGCACCUCACAAAACGCGCACUGCGUAUAGUAGAGUGGUCAACGGAAAUGUACAAUUUAAAACCCAUACAGUUCUUAUUUGUUGGGCUUAACAGUGAUGAAGAAUGUUCCGAAAGUAAUUCUCAGCGGACACGUGUUUCUCGGCUCAACUCCGGUAGCGACUCCCUCCAUGUGCAGAACAUGUGCAGGGGUGGGUUUCAUCCUCUCUGAUUUUGAUUGACAGCUGGCAGAGUAGUCUGAUUGGCAACUGAGAACUGAGUCUGAUUGGCAACUGAGUAAAGAACGAAGGUUAUUGGUGGAUCACUGCACAGCACAUGCAGAGUCACAUGCAGUGUAUCUCAGUCAGCUACCCUUGAAAUUAACUGAGUUCAUUCACCUCCAACAUCACAGGCUCUGCGAUGUGACUAUCGCACACACGUACAUCGCGAUGACGAUGCUCAAACGAUAUAUCGUGCAGGCCUAGUUGGUGCACCCACAGGCUGGUUACCUGAAAAUGGUAUACUGCGGUUCACAGUUAGCCUGGCUGGGCCAUCCUGUUAGGUGAAUCACUUGAUGUUCCUUCUCACAACAGUCUGGACUUCAGCCCAUAGAGAGCGUGUAUUCCCGAUCAGAAAAUAACCAGGCCAAUCAGAGACCAUGUUUUCACUGCUACCCAGACAACAGGGAAAGGCAGCCCCUGAUUGGUCCAUGUGUAGUGGUGACGUCUAACACAUGCUGCAGGACUUUUCAAAGCCCUGUUCAUUCAGAACGCCGUUAAUUCAGCAGUUGACUUUGCAAAGUCAUCAGAAAUCGUUUAUAUCCGACGUCUUCUGCGGAUAUAAACGAUUUCUAACACUGAGUAAGACACCCCCCCAAGAAAGAAAAUGUUGCCAACUGCUUCCUUCUGUAGUUAUACCAACUUUAGUAACAACUGCAUGAUAGCAAUACACAGCAGUCUACAUCUCCACGCUCAAACCUCAAACAAAAACCACUCUAUAGUCACAAAUAAUGCUGAGAACAGCACCUAACUUCAUCAACAGUACAUGAAGGGUCCCAGCCAUAGUACUAGCAUCAAACACCUUUUUAGCUUUGCCUGCUUUCUUUAGCAAAGAGACUAGGGAUGCACGAUAUUUAUCGGCCGAUUUGGGGGGAAAUUACGUCAUUUUUUAUCGGUCCGAUAGGUGCAUUUUUCCGAUAGAAAGAUCCGAUAUAUUAAUGAAAUUACGAGUAACGUUUGCAGGCGGAGUAGCCGCCCGUCCGAGACGCGCUGGUUACGUCAUCUAUCGCGCCUUACUCGCAGGUCCCAAGCCUGACCCCGUCACUACCUGACAGAUAAUAAAAUGUCUUCACCAGCAUGGUCGUUUCUCUCAGUGGCAAAAGAUGACAACAGCAUUGCUAUAUGCAAAACCUGUUCAGCGAGGAUUCCGAGAGGAGGAAAGAAGACGUCAAGUAUUAACACAACGAAUCUGAUAGCUCAUCUGAAAAGUCGCCAUCGCGGCGAAGCGGUAGUAAAAGAAUAUGAGACAGCCGCCGAAGCUGCUAGCGGUACUAAAGCUAAGACAACAACACUACGGAGGAUCGAUGUCCCCAUUCAGCGGGCGUUUAAAAACUGCAAAAGCUUCUCAAGAGACAGCGAAAAGGCUAAAGCCAUUAACGACAAAGUGAUGGAGUUCAUAGCGGUCGACGACCAGCCUUUUUCCGUCGUUGAGAACCCGGGUUUUCGCAAGUUAAUAGCACACUUGGAGCCACGUUACACUCUCCCAAGCCGCCGCUUCUUCUCGGAUGUGUCUCUUCCUGCACUCUAUGAUAUUGUCGCCACAUACAUUCACAACCUGAUCGACAAGAACGGACUACACGUGAGUUUUACCACAGACAUAUGGACGUCAGAUGUUAGUCCGGUCAGCAUGCUAAGCCUAACGUCUCAUAAUAGCUCCUUUACAGUUUACAGUUCUGUUGAACAGUUCAGGGGAUCAAAUGAAGUUCUGCUUUUUGCUCUGUUAUUUUUAUUUAUAGCAAAUGACCACAUUUGAAGAGCCAAAAACUUUAGUUUGUUGUUCUAGAUAGGCCAGAGCAACAAAAACAUCAGUUUUCAAUCGCUGCAUCCUGCACAAACUGCAGAUUAUAUGAAGAUUAUAAUAAAUGUAAAAAUAUGAAUUUAUCGGUUAUUGGUAUCGGUAUCGGCCAUGAGAAGAAGAAAAUUAUCGGUUAUCGGUAUCGGUUGAAAUUUUUCAUAUCGUGCAUCACUAAAAGAGACCAAACCUUGUUUGUGGGGGGAGCCCUGACGAGUCAAUCACCGAGUUCAUCCGAGUUUCGCAACUCAAGGAAGAACCUUUAUGAUCAAUUCUUCUUGGAAAUGCAAUCAGACCAAGACGCUAAGGCAGAAGAAGUACCGCUUCUGCAGUGCAAAUGAUUAUUAUGGUGAUUAUUACUUCAAUUGUUUCACUCAGUGAGAAACACUUGAGCGUUUCACCUAGAAUUCUUUUCAGCAGUCUCUCUUUCCACUGAAGGAGCUACACAGUUACAUUUACAUUACGUUACGUUACCCACGCUACUCGCUAUAUUGACUGUGUAUAAGCUUGAACGUUACCUUUCUCAUUGAUGGACGAGGGUCUGACAGGAUUUGAUGCACUUGUUGAUGACUCAAAACAAGUUGAAAAUGACUUUGUGUGUUGUUGUGCUCACAGUGCGGGUAGAAAUCAUUAGUGGCGCAGUGUUAUGAAUGAUCAUUUGAAAUUUCAGAAGGGGUGCACAUAAUUCAGCAGUGGUGGUGCGUUGCUGCUGAACGAAUGUAGGGGAAACACUAAGGGCUUUUUUGCAAGAGCCUACAAACGGCCACCAAAAAAGCCAACCAUUUGCAAUUUUGAUGUUAUUUCUCAUCCAGUCUUUAGUUGAGAAACCUUAAGGAAGACUAUAUAAGAAAUUCACGUGUGUAGAUCAAAAGGCAUGGCCAUGGCGCCCCUUUCACUUUGAUGUUUUCACACCAUUAAUGAGCCACAACACUUGAAGGCAGUCACAAGCACCAUCUAUCACAACUGUCCUGGCUGCCAUGGAGAGCAUUGCACAGGGGUUAACAGGCAGUGUGACAUUGCGGUGGUCCACUAGGGAUGUGGUCCACAGAGGUGGCAGCGACACAGCUCUGGCCCGUUGUUGCCCCGCGGGCCGCUAGUUUAUUGUUAUUAUUAACCUUGAGAGUUUUAAAACUGAAAAACCCUCAAGACAGGCUCAAACCUCAUGAAAUUUGGCAGACAGGUUGGCCCCAGCAAAAAUUUGUGUGUUUUAAAGGGCCCCUUCAUGGAUGAGAAAAAAUGAUUCACUAGCGCGUCCUACAGAUUAUCAUGCAUGGGGAGUUUUUCGUAGGACUUUCCGUACACUGGUUCCAGCUCCACCAGAUUUUAGUGGUUUGAUAACAGUCCAGCACCAGACAAUUUGACACCAGGCUUGCAUCAAUGAUGUAGUGCCUUGUGCCUGUUGGUGCCCUGCAGGGCGCCAGUUCAUCUUGGUUUCAGAGUGUCGCCAUUAUCAUGGUACCGUGUAACCAAAAGUCUCCCGGUCUCACAGCAGACCUGAGCGUUAGUUUUAUUGCUUUGUUUGUAAUGCUGCAGCUAGAACAAAGUAAAGAAGAAAGUUUGCCCUCCUCCAAAACACCAGGAUCAUCUACUUUUAUCAUUUUCAAUUUUAUCUUAAUGUUACUGACAUAUUUACCAUGAUCAGAAGUAAAACGUGUGCCGUCUCAACAUUACUUGCUAUGAGAGUUUUAUCAGUGCUUGCUGAUUAUAGGGUUUGUUAGCCUUGGCUUGCACUUUAUCUGCUUUGAGUGGUUAAAUAAUCAGAGAGCUUGAUUAAAUCUGCAGAUUCUGUGUAUUUUUAUUUUUAUCAGACAAAGUGCUAUACAUUCACUCUUGUUGGAUCUGUACUUUUGUUUAUGUAGUCAUACUUAGAAUUUCUGUUCAAACUCAAAAAUUGUGAGGUAGGCAUAAAAAUGAGGAAUUCAACAUAUUCUUCCCAAUUUCUUUGACAGCUAUCCCACCGUGCCUGUGGUGGCCCCUUCCCCUCCCCAUCCUCAGCCCCCCCCCCCAAAUCCCUUGCCCUGUUGGGAUCAGCCUCCCCCCUUGGCCCCCACCUUCCCUCCUCUCCCUCCCUCCCUCCCUUCCUUCCUUCCUCCCUCCCUCCCACCAUUCCUUCUGA